GACAUUUAUUACGAUAAACUUUGCUCGUAUAUAAUUAUCAAUACAAGAAAUUCAAUUCAAAACAUAGAUUGUAUUAAAAUAAUUCCAUUUGAGUUCAGAUAUAUGUUAAAUAAACUAAUUAUUCGUAUCAAUAACAUUUUCCGUAUUGUAGUUUACUAUGAAUGACAAUAUUCGUCUAAAACUAUGGGUGUUAAAAUUUUGUUUGAAACUCGUCUAUCCAAAGUUCAACUCUUAUUUAUUUCUAGUUUUCCUUGCAAUAAAGUAUAGAAUUAAUAGACGAAAGAGGUUAUUAGCUACCAACGUCAUGGAUACCUUCGAAUUGAAGACUGUACCUGUACAUAUUCAAAGGACACUAUUGGAAGACAAUGUAGAAAAUAACCUCGAUGUUAUUAUGCAUAAAGUCAUUGUAAUAUCUAAAGAACAAUACAUUCAGUUGUGCAGCCAAAACUUGUUUUACAUGGACAAUGGAGUAGUUUGGCUGGCUAUAAAAUUAAGCUCUGUUUGUAAGAAGAAACAUAAAAAUAAGACACCUACAAAAGAAAACAUACUCAAGCCCAGCCUUCAUUUUGUGACAUCUGAAAUUCAUAAAAAAUUAUGGUCAGACAGUGCAGCCAGCAGCCUUGAUAGUAUUAGAAUAGUACCUGUGUUUGGUUCAAAAUUAGUCACUGAAAAUGUAGCUAUCACCAUUGAGAGUGAAUACCAUAACAUACUUUCUACAUUUGAAUUAAACAAGUGUGAAAAUAUCACAGUUACAUUUCACACUGUCCCAUCACUUGAAAAAGCACCAAAAAUUGCUGCCACAGCAGAAGUAAACCUCAUUGUGAAUGAUUUUGACUUAGAAAAUGACUUUAUCAAAGAAGUUUUAAACAACUAUUUUGAAGUACCAAAACUAGUAACAGUGCAUGAUAUCUUUAGCAUAGAUCUUUCACCCAAAAUCACAGCGAAAUACCACCAUAAAUAUUUAGACUUAGUGGAGUCCACAGGAAAAUUAUUCUUUAAGUGUAAAAAGCUUGAUGAUGAUUCUGAUAAGAAUAUAGACAUUUUUCAAGCAUAUUUUAUUGUGAAAGGUAUUACACAGUUGACUUUAGGAGAAAACCUACAUUCCUUGAAACCUAAAGAUGAGUAUGUGAAACUGCAACCACAAAGUCAUUGUUUGUUCAGCCUUAAAGCCUGUCCACAUGGACUGAGAGAUAAGUUUCAGCAGAUUCAAGAUACUAUCAGACCAUUUCUUACUGGUGAUAUUGAGGAACUAUCAUCAGUUUUAUCAAACCCCAUCAUACCAAUGCUGCUCCUGACUGGGUCAACUGGAUCUGGCAGACAUUUGCUUGUGAAAACCUUGGCCAAGUAUAAUGGAAUGAACUGUUUACAAAUAGACUGUAAUGCGCUACAGAGCUCAACGGCCAAACAGACAGAAAGUAAAAUCAGUUCUACAAUACAGAAAGCCAAAGCCGCCGCGCCAGUCAUUGUGGUGCUGGAUAAUUUUGAGGUAUUUGCAGUUGAUCCCGAAAACAAUGAAGAUUGCAGAGUGAUGGAAUACUUCGUGAACACUUUGACAGACCUUUACCAAAACUACACUAAACACCCCAUAAUAUUCAUAGCAAUCACUGAACGGGUCGAUCUCAAACCAAAUAUUCUUAGGAUAUUCCUUGAUAAAUUCCAUAUUCCACGGCCUAACUUCCAACAGAGAUAUGAAUCAUUGCAGUGGUUUGCAUCUGUAAUGCAAUUAAAUAUAAAUGGGGAGAAAAAUGCGACAAUUAACUUAGAUUCUGAAGAGAUAUUAAGUAAACAUUCAAAAGAUGUUCUACAAAGGAUAGCAGCGAAGACUGAAACUUUUUUGUAUGGAGACCUGGACACUCUCAUGCAUUUCGCUAUGAGAGAGUCGUAUCUAAAGCAACACAAUGUUUAUAACCAAUUGCCGCCCGAUACGGAGCUCCAUGUUGUUCAAGAAGAGGAUUUUAACUCCGCCUUAGAUUCUAUUCGCAGGCUGCAAAGUCAACAUCUGGACGCGCCUAAAAUCCCAAAAGUAUACUGGGAAGAUAUUGGAGGUCUUGAAAAACUGAAGAGAGAACUUUUGAAAACUAUAGAAUUCCCUAUCAAAUAUCCACAUCUGUUCAAAAACUCCAGUCUCAAAAGAUCAGGCAUAUUACUAUACGGACCUCCAGGAUGCGGCAAAACAUUGGUAGCCAAAGCUGUCAGUACCGAGUUAAAUGUCAGUUUCCUCAGUGUGAAGGGCCCGGAGUUACUCAACAUGUAUAUUGGGCAGUCGGAAGAAAAUGUUAGAAAGGUGUUCGAGUCAGCGCGGUCGUCGUCGCCGUGCAUAGUGUUCCUGGACGAGCUGGACGCGCUGGCGCCGGGCCGGGGCUCCGCCGGGGACUCGGGCGGCGCCAGCGACCGCGUCGUCAGCCAGCUGCUGGCCGAGCUUGAUGCUGUCAACACCUCAGCUGAAGAGGACACGUCGUUCGUAUUUAUAAUGGGCGCGACCAACCGACCUGACUUACUGGAGCAGUCACUGCUGCGGCCGGGUCGGCUGGACAAACUCAUUUACGUGGGGCCGUACACCGGAUUGGAAGAGAAAACUUCCGUCUUGAAGGCGCUCUGUCGAAACUACAAGUUGCAGCCGGAAGUGGAGCUGCGCGCGACGGCGCGCGCGCUGCCGGAGCGCUGCUCGGGCGCCGACCUGCUGCAGGUGGUGGGCGCCGCGCGCGCCGCCGCCGUGCGCUCUCUCGUACACAAAUUGCACGCUGGGCAUUUAAAAGAAAGUGAUCUAAGCGCCGACUCGGUGAUUAUUGGAGUAUCUGAUUUGUGCGCAGGCAUCGACUCGUUCAAGCCUUCCGUUACCGACGAAGAGUUGGCUUAUUAUGAAUCAUUACAAUCACAAAUGUAAACUCGUUCUUUGUGCAAACAGUAAAAUUAAUAAAUCAAAACUAUAUGAACAAAUGUUUUUAAAUGACUUGUCAAUGUAUCUAGUCUAAAUGUUAAUUUUAGGAGUUUCUACAAAUACAAUAUAAUCUAUUGAA